AUGGCAAGUUCCGGUGCGACGCGCUCGCGACCCUCCUGCAGGACGUCGCGGCGGCUGCCCGGGAGGAACGGGAGCUGGUGCCGCAGAGCCAGGGGCGGCGGCAAGCUGCGGCUACGCAGUGAUCUCGACGUCCUGGCUGCGGCCCUAGAUGUGCACGUGGCGCGGUUGGACGAGGUUUACGCAUCGGGCGCGUUGACGCGGGCCUGGGCGCGGGUGGUUCCGUGCCCCGGCGCCGGGGCCAGCCGCGACGACCUCUUCACAAGGCUCAGGGUCGGUGGUUACGAGAUGUGGAGGGAGGCCGUAGCCGCGCUCACCGAGGUGCUACACGACGAUGAGAAAUGUGUCCGUGUCGUGGCAUCCGAUGUCGCGGACGGUGUCGGCGUCCGAUGUCGCGCUGGUCGAGUGCCCGGACGUCCGCGUCCAGGAGGUGGCCCUGGAGGCGGUCUCGGUGAUUGUCGGGUCUGA